GAGGGGGGAACUGUAGAGCUCCCGCCUCAUCAGACACCUUGUAGACAAGAAGACAAGCGCGCGCACGACUCACGUGCAAAGGUAAAAUGCAGUUGAUGAAUCGGCCGACGCUCACGAGUCUGCAGCUCGCGGUAAUCUAACAUUAGUUUUGGGAGAAGAGGAGCCAUGAAGAAACACCUGAGUCCCACAAAACAGCAGCAGCAGCAGCCGCCGCCGCCGCCGCCGCCACCGGCUGAUGUCCCGGCUCCAGGCUGCGAGGUUACCGUCCAACAACUCAACGAGCUCCUGUCCAACGGCAGCGGCUUCUACAGUUUACCGACACAACAUUUCAACGAGGUCUUCCCCCGAAUAUACAUCGGCAACGCGUUCGUAGCUCAGAAUACAAUGCGUCUGCAGAAACUCGGAGUGACGCACGUCCUCAACGUGGCGGAGGGCACCUCCUUCAUGCACGUCAACACCAGUGUGGAGUUUUACGCUGGCACAGGGAUCACGUACCACGGUAUCCAGGCCAAUGACACCGAGCAGUUCAACCUCAGUGCCUUCUUUGAGGAGGGGGCUGACUUUAUCGACAAGGCCCUAGCACACAACAAUGGCAAAGGGAAGGUGUACGUUCACUGCAGAGAAGGCUACAGCCGCUCCCCUACCAUGGUUGCUGCUUACCUCAUGCUGCGCCAUAAAAUGGAUGCCCGGCUGGCGGUGGCCACCGUGAGGCAUAAGAGAGAAAUCGGUCCUAACGACGGCUUCCUUCGCCAACUGUGCCAACUUAACGAGAAGCUGGCAAAGGAGGGCAAGCUGAACGGGGAGGUGGGCAAACUAAAGACCAAAUGAAAGCAGGAGAGACGCUCUGCCCUCCGUCUCCUCCCAUCAUGCCUUUCACGGGCUUCUGCUGCUCCCGGAGACCGACCCCACCCUGACCAAACCAGCACCCAUCUGACACACCAGGGGUAUUCUGAAACACAAACAUACAUACAUUUAUCUGUGUAGAUAAUUAUUCCUCAUGCGCACACACAGUCUCACACACGUACAUGUUUUGUUUUCUAGUCCCCAGUUCACGUCUGUCACUGCUGCUCUGGAAGGGGACAUCUUGUCAGUCCUCUAACUGCUCCUACAAAGAGUGUGAUCUCAAAUACUAAAACAAACCCCUCAACCUCCUUUUUUUAAAAUCUACACUACCCAGAUGUGCAGACGUAUCGCUGCUAGUACCUGAAAGCUCCAAAUUUCUAGCGUUUUUUUGAGCUGAGCUACGUAAAGCAUUCCUUCAAUUCCCACAAGUUGAGACGGUGAAAACUUCGCCCUGAUUUUUAAGAUUUUCCUUAAAUAGUUGUACAAGAUUAUAGCACAAUCAUUCCAUAGUUUUCCACUGCCGGGAAUGUCAGUGAUGUCUCCGCCAGCAGGAGUACUCUAUAAAUUCCAAAUAUUUAAAGUCGGUGGCCACACAUGAUGCAACCUGCAGACAAAAUAUGUCCGUUAUGUUACACAGAAAGUGAUAUGUGAAUCCCAAACAUUCCAUGAAAACUGAAAAAAGCCCCUCAAGAGUUUUGUUUGCCCUCUCAGUCCUUAAAAUCCUGAAUUCUCUUCUACCUGUAUUUAAUGCACAAACUCAAAUUAUCCACACUCUAAUGCAAGCUGUAGCUCUAUGUAGCAUUUCAGUCGGCAUCCUUGACUCUCUGGCCUCUAGUUUGACGGCGGUAGCGUUAGAUUUGUCGGUUGUUGACAGAGCUGCGGCAUCCUUAAAGCUGGCACCGACGGCAGCAAAGGUAGAGCUAAUUAAAAAUAAUGAGCUGCGUGGGUUGUUCAUGUAGCGGCCAUAUUUAAGUGCUGAUAUCACGAAUGUACAUUAGAGCUAAAUAUGCCGUUACUCUAGUUUGUCAUUGAGCUCAAUCAGGCUACACAGAAAGACAAAUCCCGUUUAUGUAAGUAGGUACGGUAGAGGGGAACACUGGAUGGAAUUUCCUUUCAAAAAGAACAAAAGGUCACUUCUACGCCCUUAAAUUUAUGCUUUUUCAAUUUCCUCCUGCAUUAGAAAUAUUGAAUGUCAUUCAUUUGAAGUUAUUACAGUUUUAUAUAAAGGCAGCUGGAGAUGAGUUGCUCACCAGCAGUGAGCUGCAGCCGCCUCCCAUUAUCUGGGUAGAUGGAGGUUUACACUUGAUAAAUACAGUCUGAGCACAAUCUGCUGGUUCAGUUUGUGUGUUAAAGAAGUAUUAUUCUCGCAGGAAACACUUUUACUAAGGGCAACAUUUUUACAGACCUUAGCUGGUUGUUUUGAAUAGUUUUGUAGUUUUAAUCCUUGCAUAAUUCCUAUAAAGAUGAACACAGAGUAUCUACACAGGAGGUGUUCCAACUGUGUUAAUCGAUUUGAAUCAAUGCGGCUGUCAACAGCAGCAGCGUAACGGCUUGGGUUUCACUCGUGCUAUAUGCGAGGGUAUUUUUACACCUCAGAUCUAUUUUCUGUGUAACUACAGUGAUCAUGUGUUGGGCUUCCAAAGCGCAGGUGACCUACACUCUCACAACAGUGUGCCUGAACGCAUCCUGUGUGAGCCCUGACGGAGCGCUGAAGCUGCUGCUCCUCCUGUGUAGACGCUGAUGUUAGUGUCGAAAAAAAAUCUUUAAUCUUUAUGCACUCACUAUAAUAUUAUAUCAUUAUUUCUCUGUCACUAACUAUUGUACAGUAGUUAUAAAUUUUUUUUAUGGAUUUACUUUUGAUCAUUUAGUGACUAUUUUAUCAAGGGUUUUGCUAUUUUUCUCAUAUGGAAUAGAUUAAUUGAAUCACCUGGUUUUUGUUGCACUUUAAUUUGCCGUCAACUUAGAAGACGUCCACACUAAGCCAGCUAAUUUUGAAAACGGAUUAGGGUUUUUACAUAUUUGUACAACUGAAUGAGCGUAAAUGAUCGAGGGAGAACAAAGACAACAGAAAGUUAUUAUUCUUACUUUUAAUUGUAGAUCAAUUGGCAUUGUGCCCAACUCUCAGGGCAGGCAUACGUCAAAAGCUCAGUUUACCUAAAAUGCCGGUUUCCAGAUUCAUCCACUCUGUAGACCGUUUUCGAAAACAGCAACUCCAGAUUAGUGUGGACAGAAGGCUAAAAUGAAAAGACAAAGAUGUUUUAAAUUUAGCCGGUUUAGUCUGAACGUACCUCGAGGUUCUUCAAAUAAAGAGGAAAUAGAUUUGUUGUCAGUUUUUUAAAACUUCAGCUAGCUGGAGGACUGGGCCUCUUCCACUCGUGAGUAGAUGAUUUAUGUAAAAAAGUAUUAAUACUGGUGCUCCAGCGCGGGAAAGUUGCCACAGACUCCAUUUUUAAAAACUCUAUAAUGCGAAACAGAGAGAUUUACCUGCCGGUGAUCGACUUAAGCAGCAUUGUGUGAACUUGUUGGGCAAGGGCUUGAAUAUAACAGAUGUUCAUUAACAUGGACGCACUCCGGCUUUAACACACUAAAAUCUGCAGUAGCAUAGGGGUGUUAAACUCUGAUUUUGCCAGUUUUACCACCUUCAAACUAGAGGCCUUUCAGUUUUAACUGUCAAAUGCAUCACCGGGGGAACGAUGCCACCCACUUUCAACAGAAAGUUCCAGUCAUCACGCCAGAGAGUUGUCCACUGCCAAUUCCCUGACACAGCCAUUCGGCCAGUAUCCAGUUCCACUGUUUUCAUCAACACAGUUUGUCAGAGGUCCAUACACAACAUGUCACUUGUCUCACUCCUAAGUGUGUGUGUCAUACAGUAACUUAUUAUGCCUGACUUUAUGCACACACAGGGUCAAAUCACAAAGCCUUUUUUGGUUGUAUGUACUAAAGCAUUGCAAUAUAUGUCAAUACCCCAUCAGAUAUAUAGAAUGUAAUCACAUCUAAAUAUGACUAUUCAGGCUGUAGUUGUUACAUAUAGACAACAGUAGUCCAACAAUACAUUUUGGAAGACACUAUUUAUUACUGGGCAUAAUGCUGUAAACUAGAACUAGUGCCAGGAAAGACAGUGAUGGAGUGUUUUUAAAACCUGCACCAGGUCACUCCUUUAAAGAGUUUUUUUUUUUUUUUUUGAGACAAAUUCCCAUAAAAAGUGUGAGAACGAGGGAAUGUAGGCGGUUUGAGAUGGAAAGUCAGAACUGUUGAGCUGGAUGACUACCAGCAUCGCUUCAGUUUGUGCCAGUAGUUCAGCCACUAUGUCCCACACAUCAGAUUGCAUAUUCCUCCUGAACAAACGGCCGGGGGCAUGUUAGCAUGAAUCCAGGGGGAUAGUCGUCUCACUAGAGAGGAAAAUGGAAACUGGGUUGUCUCACCUCAUUAAUGGCACUAUUUAUUCCUCCUUUGAUAUAUCUGUAUACAUAUGAAUAUAUACAUGUAUACUGUAUAUACAUAUUUAAGUGUUGACAUAUAUGAAUGUAUGAGCAAUGUGUCUAUAACGUGUAGGUAUCGUCAGUAUGUCUUAAGUCCUUAUAUAUCAUGUUAUAUUUGUAUAUGCUCCUUCAUUCUUUCUGUUCCACAGUUAACUACAUGUGCAUUAAUAUUCAAGUAUAAUGUACAUGUAAAGUGUUGUGUGUGUAAUUGUGAUAUUUCGUAUCACAAUUGUGCUAAAGUUGCUUAUAUUAGCAGGGGUUUUUCCAAGCUUAGCUGGAAUACUGAGGCAUGUAAUCAUCGUGUUUUUGUGAGUGUUUUGUACAGUUUUAAGUUUCCAUGGUAAUGCUAAUUUAUUCAUAGUAUACAGCAAGAUGCAGGUGGCAGCCUGAGAUGGAUAUGGAUUAUCCUGCAUAUGACCUUACAGCGUUCAUGUCAUCGUGUCAAACUCAUCCCAUCACCAGUUCAUCUGGUGCCUCAAAGCAUUUACGGUUCGCUCUUUCUCGACAGGAGUUGGAGGUUUUUCUUUAAGAUCAGGAUCUGGAAGUUUUCUUUGGAUGAGAAUUAAUUGAUUCUCCAGCUACACUUUGAAUAUCAAUGCAAUGUUUUAGCUGCAAAACACUCCAUGGAACUCACUUACAAACAUUCACAUUUAGCAAGCUGCAGACCCGCCACUAGGGGGGGCUGUUCAGUCAUUGUUUGACCUUUUGGGUUCUGUAGGCCAGGCUUUAUUUGGAUUUUAUAUAAUGGUAGUGUGAGUUAGACAAUAAUAAAGACUGACUUAUUUUAAGCCUAAAAAGACUUGUGUUUCCAAUGUAACAAUCAGUGACACCUGCGGACCAGUGGUUUCCACGAAAAGUGGAAAAUGUAGUUCAAAAUUUGGGGUUUGCUAACAGUGAUGUGAACUGAGCGCUGAGAAGAGACGGUUCACAAGGGCGUGGACAUCAAGUCAAGUUGUUUUUCAUUCGACAACCAAACCACUGGUAGUUUUUUGUAUUGUGUCAGUCGUCUCUGAAUUUUUACAACGCAAUGACAAAUCGAUCUUGUUCACUUUACUAUAUGAUGUUUUAAACCAGACAUGGAGGUGUAGAGCAGAGCUGGAACAAUUAGUCGAUGAAUCUGGUUUCGAUCGACAGAGGAUUAAUCUGCAGCUAUUUUGAUGAUCGAUUAAACCUUUAAAAUAAUUAGUAGAACAUUUAAUGGUUCUCUUAUGUGCAGAUUUACUGCCUUAAAUUGAAUGUUAGUCGAACAGCUCGGGGAAAUUAUGUUAAUUUAUACUUUUCUGAGGUUUUAUACACCAAAAUAGUUGUCAGAUCAAUCAAUGAAAAAAAAAAAAAAAUGAAAAUAAUUAAUAAAUUAGAUUCUUCCCUAUAUUGUACUAUGAAUUCAGUUUUACAGUAUAGCUAGGAAGCAAUCCAGUCGGAUGUGUUUAUAACUAGUGUUUAGAUUUAGAGGGUCAGAAGGUAAAGUACUGCAGACUCCCGUUUAAAUAAACACAGGCCAUGUGUUUAUACAGCGAUCUGAUCUCAUAAGAUCCGAUCUUUUAAACAAAAUCUCAAAACAUGCAUUGAAAUGUCAAGUGCUGCUGUAGCCUCUGACUUACUCUUGGCCAGGAGGAUGAGUCAGAGAAGGGAAUAUUAUCACAGGGAGUUAGAAACGAGGGCAAACCGUCUCAAACUUUGCCGAGUGAGAACAUAAGAGCAGUUGUGAAGUCUCUCACGGGGGACGUCACAAGGUUGCUACGAUUCCGGCUCCCAGUGAUGGUCUCAGUGUUGGUUCACACGCGGGUUUGUUCCUGUCAUCCGGUCAUCUCAUACGCUUGAAAAUGCUUCAGAUCUGUAACCUGAUUUCACACAUCUUGCGAGCGCUGCUUUCUGUUGGGAUUCCUGAAGCGUGCCGCAAGAUGAAUCUGGUGCAGUAGCUUAAGUUUGAAACAAUUUUCAAGGAUCAUUUAGCGCAUGUUUCACACUGGAUUUCCCUCCACCUCCUCAUCAUGAACCCCAAACCACACAACAACGUUUGCCCUAUUGAAUUGAUUAUAUAACAGAGUAUACGUUAGUCUACAGGCAGAGAGAACCACUUACCUCUGUGCCCAAAUGUAAUAUGAUACACCAGGUUUGUCUGUGCCAAGUGACCUACUGUAUUGUACAAAAGUCAUUUUUAAAUGUUAAUGAUUGGCUUUUUUAUUAUGCAAACGGCCUGGGGUUUCACUCAUACGAAUAUUCACAUCUGCUCUACAAUACUGCCCUCCUUCUGAAUACACAAAAAGCAACAACUUACUGCACGCAGUUCGGUAUUUCUUGAGUUUUACAUUCAGUAUGUCUUUAAAAUUUGGGAAUUAUUGGGGUAAAAUUGUUCAACUCGGUCCAGGAUGAGGGUAUGUACUUUAUAGCAUCAACUGCCUACACCAACCUGCUUACUGAUUCAAUCAUUGACAGAUUUGGCUCCCAAGAAUAGGGUCUGAUAAUCACUCUGUGGUAGCCGAACUAGCCACAGUAGAAGUUUUCUGUAACAUUUUGUAGCCGUUAUUUACAUGACAAAACUGUACAACAAAGUAUGGAUAAAAAGAAAGCUUCUAUGAUGGCUACACUGCUGGCUUUGCGCCCUUUUGCAUUGAGUAACAGAUAAACACUGCCACCUGCUGUUCAACAAGUCGAGUUCAAAUCAAGUUCUUUUUUUUUUAAAUGCUAAUAAUUUAUGGUGUUUAUAACUAAAAUCAUAAAUAGUUACAAUCCAAUCACAAAGCCAGUUUCUUUUACUUAAAUGUGAAACCCUGUAAUGUCAAGAUUAAGUAUUUUUCCUUUUGUUUGGUUUAACAAGGUACCAGCAUCAUUUUGUGGGUUAUUCUCCAGGUACAGUACAUUAUGUAUUAUCGAGAAUGUCAAAUGUGAAAUGCCAUUAAUGUAUAUUGUUAUAUAUCCUGAGUAUGUAACACGCACUAAGGCAAUUGUGAAUUGCUGCAUUUUAUUGUCUUAACUGGCCUACUAUAUAGAUAGGACAUUGUUUGAUAUUGGAUCUAGUGAGUUAAAAUUGCAGAUGAAACAUUGUUUCUGAUUUCUUUUCUCCUCAAAGUAAUAUUAAGUUAUUUUUGAUUUAUAUUUGUCCUAUUACAAUGACUUGGUUGAUUAUAGGUUGAAUAUUUUUGCUUUGCUAAUAAAGAAGGGGAUUUUUUUUGUGAAGUAGGAAACUCAAAAAGUUCUUGAAAGUGAGAUUGUGACCUACUUCUCCGACUCAACCAUUAAGCUAAAUACAGUAUGUCAUUAUCCGUGUUGUUUUUGGACGUAAUGGUAGUCAGACAUGGACCAGACGGCGAUUGUAAUUCAUCCAUAGUGCUUGUUGAAAAGCGUACGAGUUACCAGAGAGGAGAGGAGGCUUGUUAAAUCAUUCAGAGAGAGCCAGGUAGUGUUUUUAUCACAGAAAAGUACAUUAAAUUGGCUUUCGUUAAAAUUUGCAGUCCCAUGUGGCGUAUCUCAGCCAUCUGCGCUGAAGUAGGCAAAAACCUGAGAUGUUAAAACCCUCUGUGACUGACAGUUCAUAUAUUACAUCAUGGAAACUCAUCUGGCUGAACUUAUCUGUCUAUGAUGCAAUAAACUCCAUCCAUCUGGUACUCUUGAGAGCAUUCAAACAAACACCGGAAAUUACUUACAAAUACUGUUCGGCCCAGGUGAGGCGCCGACACCAGAGCUGUCAUCUUCUCCUCCUCCUCCUCCUCCUCCUCCUCCCAUUCUGAUGAACGGCUUAACGCAGGAGUUUUAGCACAAAUGAGCCCACUGCCUGACUCCUCCUGGGAGUCCGUGACACUAGUCGACGUCUUAUCUCGCGUCACAGUUGCAUUUCUGUUCACGUACAGAUGUCGCAGAGGACACUGUUUGUGAUGUUGGAUUGGCAGUUUAUGGGUAUAUCCACAUAUAUAUUUGUCACCGCCACUGACAUCUCAACGAACGCAUCAGUAAUGACACAGCACCCCACCCAAAGCCUUACAGUAAAGAUCGAUUCUUUAGAUUGUUUUUGAGUUUGUGUAUCUCACUUCACACAGUAGGAAGGGACGGCUCCCUUACAGAAUGAGACAUUGUUGAAGUGCACUUGAUUUUAAAUUGCAAUGUUAUUUUUCUUACCUUGGAGAAGUCCCUUCUUUCUUAUGUUUAAGAAAUAAAUGGCUGAGGUAUUAACAUCUUA